UUUAGUUCUUCGCUCGAGCUCCGGCACACAUCUGAAACGGUUCAACUUCCGUGCGUUGUGUGCUUGGAAUAAAAAAACAAACUCCAAAGGAGAAUCGCGAAGAAUUCCGUAUGCGUUGUUUUGUGUUUGUACGUGUGCUGUAAGUGUGGAGAUAUUCGUUGGCCCUUUGCCUCAGUUUAAGCAGUGUUGUAAGGGGUUUUUAAGUUGCAGCGGCAAGCCCGUUUAUGUGUAGCUUAAAACGGUUGAAGUAAAGUAAAGCCGCCAAGUAAAGUGAUUGCCACGGUCCAGAACGGCAACGAAUUGUAGUGUAUAUCGGUGAUUUGUUUACCAAUUCUAGCCACUAUACCACAGAAUACGAUUGCAACCCCCAACGGACAUGGAUUGAGGAAAUUCUCCAAAGUCCAGAAGUUUCCUUUUGUAGCGGCGGGUUUCUGUUUGGAAUCGAUUGUUUUCUUCACCUGAACGCCACUCCAAUCAGCUUACAAAUCAAGUUGAGAACCACAUCAUCAUUCAAAACAUUUCCUGGACAAGAGACGAGUCCCACGCCCAUGCGAGACAGCGAGCAGUAAAGAACAAAACAUUGGACCCUGAAGUGCACACUCGAGAACCGCCGUGGCCGCAAGAUGAAAGACGUCGAGUUUCAAGACAUCGAGUACGCGGUCAACGUACGCAAGAGUUUCCUAAGUGAAAGCCACAAACGGACGAUCCUGAAGGGUGUCAGUGGUGUGUUCCGGCAUGGACAAUUGACAGCAAUUAUGGGUCCCUCCGGGGCUGGCAAAAGUAGCCUGCUGAACGCAAUCUCCGGCUAUCGAAAAUCAGGCGUUCAGGGUACGGUGCACCUGAACAAGAAGGCAUCAUGCUACAUCACACAGGAGGACCACCACCAACCGAUGCUGACGGUGGAAGAACUGAUGGGGAUCGCGUGCAAGCUUAAAAUUAAGGACCAGUCCGACUGUCAGGAAACGAUCACGGAGGUACUGUCCAGCUUGAACCUGAACCAUCGGCGCAAUGUAACGGCUGAACGGCUGAGCGGUGGCGAACGGAAACGGCUCUCGAUCGCGCUGGAGAUGGUUGCCAACCCGUCCGUCUUUUUCUUGGACGAACCGACGAGCGGUUUGGAUGAGGUGACGGCAGCGAACUGCGUGCGAUUGCUGCGUGAUCUUGCCCGUCAGGAUCGGACAGUGGUCUGUACGAUACAUCAGCCUUCGGCGAGCAUUUUCGCGUUGUUCGAUCACAUUUACGUGAUUGCUCGGGGACAGUGCGUGUACCAGGGCAAUCCGAAGGCGCUCGUUCCAUUUCUGGCCCAUCUGAACAUCGAAUGCCCGCGGCACUACAAUCCGGCUGACUUUAUUAUUGAAAUCUGUGAUAGUGACACCCAGGAACUUAUUCCAACACUUGCCAACGCGAUGCAGAACGGUAAAUCUAUAUGCUCUGAACUCCAGCAAGCCGGAGCAAUUGCAGCCGGUGGCCCAGCAUCCGGACCUGCCUCGAUCUCCUCCGAACACGAACCAUCGUCGCUCGAGCCGGUCAGCGAGUUUGUGCUGAAGCCGACGGUCACCUCCAUGAUACUGGAUCGGCAAGGUCCGCACGUUAGUACGCUCGUGCAGAAGAUGAAACAGAUCACACGCUUCUUCCACAACCGGCACGCCGUGUCCGGGUUCGUACAGUUCUGGGUGCUGUUUCGAUUGAUGUGGACCAAAAUCAUACGCAACCGAACGGUGCUCUGGAUUCAGCUGAUACAUCACAUAGCGUGUGGUAUUUUCAUCGGUUUGAUAUUUUUGGAUGCUGCCAACGACGGUGCACGUAUGUUUGAUCACCUGAAGUUCUGUCUCGGAGUGUGCUUCUUCUUUUGCUACACACAGGUUAUGGUUCCAAUUUUAAGCUAUCCACGAGAGGUAAAGCUGGUAAAGAAGGAAUGCUUCAAUCGCUGGUACGGUCUAUUUCCCUACUAUCUUGCCCUCACACUAUCCCGACUGCCCGUACAGUUGCUGCUCAAUAUUGUGUUCACUCUGCUGGUGUACUGGUUGUCCGGUUUGCCACAAGAGUUCUUCCGCUACUGUUUGUUCGCGCUCGUCGGCAUCAUUGUGUCGCUGUGCGCGGAAGGAUUCGGUCUCAUGAUCGGUGCCACUUUCAAUGUGAUGAACGGUUCCGCCAUUGGUCCGCUGACGAUAGCGCCCUUCCUUGGGCUGGCCAUCUACGGGUUUGACUUUGCACCUCAGAUUCCCGUCCUGAUGCAGUGGCUAAUGCGCGUAUCAUUCAUUCGUGGCGGUGUUGUGUCCGUUGUGCUGGUAGUGUUUGGCUACAACCGGGCCAAGUUGGAGUGUAACGAGAUGUACUGCCACUUUGACGAUCCGAAGGUUCUGCUGCAUUACGUACGCAUCGAUAACACCACACUGUUGUUUGAGCUGGCCAUUCUGAUCUCGAUGACGCUCUUCUACCGGUUGGUGUGCUACCUGAGCCUAAGGAGACGCUUCUACAAGUAGGAAGGGCAAUUUCAAGGGGAAACCAAGAGAAACAACACUUCUCACGGUGCCUUCGUAUGAACCCACUGAUGUUAAACAAUAAUGUGAUCCUGUCGAUGCUGCCGGAGCGUAUCGAUAGUUUUGUUUUUAGUGUAGCAAAGUAUCUUCUCAUGUAUAGCCGGGGGUAUGUUCUUCUUACAAUCUUGCGUCUACUUUAAAUGACUAGAAACACUGACAAUAACAUAUCACAAGACUUGAUCUACAGUUCCAUGUGGGGUAGCUUAAGGUAGUUUGUUUUCCAUAGUUCCAACUACCCAUAGGGAAGGGCUUUUACAAGACGAAUCCAAAGUACUAAUGACAGGAUAGGGUGACUCUCUGGAUAGGUGACGUUGUCAGUUACCUCUGUAGUGGGAGGAUUGUUUAAUGCCACAAAAAAAACAGUAAAUAGCUACCAGUACAGAAUGUAAUGCAUCACACCAUUCCCAUUAGCUUGCUAGAGGAUAUAGCUUCUUUCAUUUUAUUACAUUUAAAAGCAGAAAAACAGUGCAAACUGCAUAACGUGACACAUGACGAGGUUUUGAUUCAGUUAGGUAUAAGAUUUGACUUACCGCAUAAAUGUACUGUUAAGCUGUGUUGUGGAUGAAAAGGAAAAACACACAAAAACACACAACUAGUGAUGAUAUUUGCAAGGAAGAUGAAGAAAAACAAACUGUACUUACAAAAAUGCGACACAAAUAAAUGAUUGA